AGGACACCGCCUUGCCGGCGGCAGCUUCUGGGGCUGGUGAGGAGGACCGGCCUCUAGUCCUUUGUGGAGAUUACCACUCACCGGGCCCCAAAGCCCCCCGUGCGCCAUGUCGGGGUCCACACAGCCAGUGGCUCAGACGUGGAGGGCCACCGAGACCCGCUACCCGCCCCACGGCAUCUACCCGGUGCAGAUCGCCCGGCCCCACACGGACGUGGGGCUGCUGGAGUACCAGCACCACCCCCGGGACUACACCUCGCACCUGUCGCCCGGCUCCGUCAUCCCGUCGCAGAGGAGGCGGCCCUCACUGCUGUCCGAGUUCCAGCCGGGGAAUGAGCGGGCCCAGGAGCUGCACCUGCAGCAGUCGCACCCCUACCUGCCCGAGCUGGGCAAGGCAGAGGCGGAGUUCAUGGAGAGCAAGCGGCCGCGCCUGGAGCUGCUGCCCGACCCCCUGCUGCGGCCCGCGCCCCUGCUGGCCACUGGCCAGCCUGGCGGCUCGGAGGACCUCGCCAAGGACCGCGGCCUGGCCGGCAAGUUGGAGCCCGUGUCCCCGCCUAGCCCCCCGCACACUGACCCUGACCUGGAGCCAGCGCCCCCCAGGCUGUCCAAGGAGGAACUGAUUCAGAGCAUGGACCGUGUGGACCGGGAGAUCACCAUGGUGGAGCAGCAGAUCUCUAAGCUGAGGAAGAAGCAGCAACAGCUGGAGGAGGAGGCCGCCAAGCCGCCCGAGCCCGAGAGGCCCGUGUCGCCGCCGCCCAUCGAGUCCAAGCACCGCAGCCUGGUGCAGAUCAUCUACGACGAGAACCGGAAGAAGGCCGAGGCUGCCCAUCGGAUCUUGGAAGGCCUGGGGCCCCAGGUGGAGCUGCCCUUGUACAACCAGCCCUCUGACACGCGGCAGUACCAUGAGAACAUCAAAAUAAACCAGGCGAUGCGGAAGAAGCUGAUCCUGUACUUCAAACGCCGGAACCACGCCCGCAAGCAAUGGGAGCAGAAGUUCUGCCAGCGCUAUGACCAGCUCAUGGAGGCCUGGGAGAAGAAGGUGGAGCGCAUUGAGAACAACCCACGGCGGCGUGCCAAGGAGAGCAAGGUGCGGGAGUACUACGAGAAGCAGUUCCCCGAGAUCCGCAAGCAGCGGGAGCUGCAGGAGCGCAUGCAGAGCCGUGUGGGGCAGCGGGGCAGCGGACUCUCCAUGUCGGCCGCCCGCAGCGAGCAUGAGGUGUCUGAGAUCAUUGACGGCCUCUCGGAGCAGGAGAACCUGGAGAAGCAGAUGCGACAGUUGGCCGUCAUUCCGCCCAUGCUGUACGACGCAGACCAGCAGCGGAUCAAGUUCAUCAACAUGAACGGGCUCAUGGAUGACCCCAUGAAGGUGUACAAGGACCGCCAAGUCAUGAACAUGUGGAGCGAGCAGGAGAAGGAGACCUUCCGGGAGAAGUUCACGCAGCAUCCCAAGAAUUUUGGCCUCAUCGCCUCCUUUCUGGAGAGGAAGACGGUGGCCGAGUGUGUCCUCUACUACUACCUGACCAAGAAGAAUGAGAACUACAAGAGUCUGGUGAGGCGGAGCUACCGGCGCCGUGGCAAAAGCCAGCAGCAGCAGCAGCAGCAGCAGCAGCAGCAGCAGCAGAUGGCCAGGACGGGCCAGGAGGAGGAGAAGGAGAAGGAGAAGGAGGCCGAGAAGGAGGAGGACAAGCCUGAGGUGGACGGCCAUGACAAGGAAGAGCUAAGCAAGGAGAAGGCUGAUGACACCUCCGGGGAGGACAAUGAUGAGAAGGAGGCCGUGGCCGCCAAGGGCCGCAAGACCGCCAACAGCCAGGGCCGGCGCAAGGGCCGCAUCACCCGCUCCAUGGCCAGCGAGGCCAGCCACGAGGAGGCCGCCACCCCCCAGCAGAGUGCCGAGCUGGCCUGCAUCGAGAUGAACGAGAGCUCUCGCUGGACGGAGGAGGAGAUGGAGACGGCCAAGAAAGGUCUCCUGGAACAUGGCCGGAACUGGUCGGCCAUCGCACGCAUGGUGGGCUCCAAGACUGUGUCCCAGUGUAAGAACUUCUACUUUAACUACAAGAAGCGGCAGAACCUGGAUGGGAUCCUGCAGCAGCACCGGCUGAAGAUGGAGAAGGAGAGGAACGCACGCCGGAAGAAGAAGAAGACCCCGGCCACAGCCAACGAGGAGGCGGCCUUCCCGCCCGCCACGGAGGACGAGGAGAUGGAGGCCUCGGGCGCCAGUGGGAAUGAGGAGGAGAUGGCCGAGGAGGCGGAGGCCUUACCAGCCUCGGGGAGCGAGGCGGCCCGGGGGGAGUGCAGUGGCACAGCUGCGGUCAACCACAGCUCGGACACGGAGAGUGUCCCCUCCCCACACGCCGAGGCCCCCAAGGAUGUGGGGCAGCAUGGACCCAAGCCCCAGGGUGCCGAUGGGGCCCCGGUCCCAGAGCUUCCGGCCCCAGCACCGGAGGAGGCUACGGCCCCCGCAGGGCCGGCCCCCGCCCCCGAGGCCAGCGGCUCCACAGCCCCCGCGUCACCGCCCCGUGCCCCGCUCGUGGUUCCCAAGGAGGAGGAAGCCGAGGCCACCGGGGCCUCCCUGGUGGAUGAGGCUGAGGACCGGAAGCCUCCUGUGGCCGAGGAGCUUGCACCGGACAUGGGGAAGGCGGAGGAACCGGAGGCCACCGAGGGUCCUGGCAGGAGCAUCAAGAGCGAGUGCAAGGAGGAGGCCCAGGCCGAGGAGGCCGAGGCAGCGGAGGCCGAGGCAGCGGAGGCCCAGGGCUCUGGCCCGGACCGGGGUGCAGGUGCCGAGGCCCCUGAACCCCGCCCCGAGGGACCAGUGAAGGUGGAGAAGGAGGCUGCAGGCAGCAAGGCCGCCUUGGCCAAGGGCCUGGGCGCCCCCCAGGACAGCGACUCCAGCGCCACCUGCAGCGCAGACGAGGCGGAUGAGCCCGAGGGAGGCGACAAGAGCAGGCUGCUGUCCCCAAGACCCAGCCUCCUCACCCCGGCAGGCGACCCCAGGGCCAACGUGUCACCCCAGAAGCCGCUGGACCUGAAACAGCUGAAGCAGCGUGCGGCCGCCAUCCCCCCAAUCGUCACCAAGGCCCACGAGACCUCCCGGGAGGACUCGGCACCCCCAAAGCCGGCUCCACCCGCUCCUCCGCCCCCACCACACCUGCAGCCCGAGAGCGACUCGUCCCUGCCAGCUAGCAGCAGCCCUCGGGGCAAGAGCAGGAGCCCUGCGCCCCCCACCGACAAGGAGGAGAAGCCUGCAUUCUUCCCGGCCUUCCCCGCCGAGGGCCCGAAGCUGCCCACCGAGCCCCCGCGCUGGACGUCCGGCCUGCCCUUCCCCAUGCCGCCUCGCGAGGUGAUCAGAGCCUCUCCCCACGCCGCCGACCCCUCUGCCUUCUCCUAUGCACCUCCUGGUCACGCGCUGCCCCUGGGCCUUCAUGACGGUGCCAGGCCUGUGCUGCCACGUGCCCCCGCUAUCUCCAACCCCCCACCUCUCAUCUCCUCCACCAAGCACCCCAGCAUUCUCGAGCGGCAGAUGGGCGCCAUCUCCCAGGGAAUGUCGGUCCAGCUCCACGUCCCGUACUCUGAGCACGCCAAGGCCCCAGUGGGUCCUGUCACCGUGGGGCUGCCUGCCACCAUGGACCCCAAGAAGCUGGCACCUUUCAGCAGCGUGAAGCAAGAGCAGCUGUCCCCACGAGGCCAGGCCGGCCCCCCCGAAAGUCUUGGAGUGCCCACGGCUCAGGAGACGUCUGUGCUGAGAGGGACAGCCCUGGGCUCAGCUCCUGGCGGGAGCAUCAGCAAAGGCCUCCCUGGGCCUCGGGCGCCCGCAGACAGCCCCGGCUCCUACCGCGGUUCCAUCACCCACGGCACCCCGGCCGAUGUUCUGUACAAAGGGACCAUCACCCGGAUCAUCGGGGAGGACAGCCCGAGCCGGCUGGACCGGGCCCGCGAGGACACCCCAAUCAAGGGCCACGUCAUCUACGAGGGCAAGAAGGGCCACGUCCUGUCUUACGAGGGUAGCCUAUCUGGGGCCCAGUGCUCCAAGGAGGAGGGCAGGAGCGGCUCGAACCCGCCGCAUGAGACGGCCGGCCCCAAGCGCACCUACGACAUGAUGGAGGGCCGGGCGAGCAGGGCCGUCUCCUCGGCCAGCAUUGAGGGACUCAUGGGUCGGGCCAUCCCCUCUGAGCGGCACAGCCCGCACCAUCUCAAGGAGCAGCACCACAUCCGAGGCUCCAUCACGCAAGGGACCCCGCGCGCGUACGUGGAGGCGCAGGAGGAUUACCUGCGGCGCGAGGCCAAGCUCCUGAAGCGCGAGGGCACACCACCCCCGCGGGACCUGCCCGAGUCCUACAAGCCCCUGGGGGCCCUGAAGCUGAAGCCCAGCCACGAGGGCCUGGUGGCCACCGUGAAGGAAGCGGGCCGGUCCAUCCACGAGAUCCCCCGCGAGGAGCUGCGGCGCACACCCGAGCUGCCCCUGGCUCCGCGGCCGCUGAAGGAGGGCUCCAUCACGCAGGGAACCCCACUCAAGUACGACACCAGCGCCGCCUCCGUGGGCUCCAAGAAGCACGAUGUGCGCUCCAUCAUCGGCAGCCCCGGCCGCACCUUCCAGGCCGCGCACCCACUCGAUGUCAUGGCCGACGCCCGGGCGCUGGAGCGCGCUUGCUUCGAGGAGAGCCUCAAGAGCCGCCCGGGGGCCGCUGCCGGCACCGGGGGCUCCCUCGCCCGCGGGGCACCUGUGCCCGAGCUGGGCAAGCCUCGCCAGAGCCCUCUGACCUACGAGGAUCACACGGCGCCCUUUGCCAGCCACCUGCCACGUGGCUCACCUGUGACCACGAGGGAGCCCACCCCGCGCCUGCAGGAGGGCAGCCUCUUGUCCAGCAAGGCGGCCCCGGACCGGAAGCUGACGUCCGCGCCUCGCGAGCUCACCAAAUCCCCACACAGCACGGUGCCGGAGCACCACCCCCACCCCAUCUCCCCGUACGAGCACCUGCUCCGCGGUGUGGACCUGUACCGCGGUCACCUCCCCCUGGCCUUCGACCCCACCUCCAUCCCCCGUGGGAUCCCCCUGGAUGCCGCCGCUGCCUAUUACCUGCCCCGGCACCUGGCCCCCAACCCCACGUACCCCCACCUGUACCCGCCGUACCUCAUCCGCGGCUACCCCGACAGCGCGGCGCUGGAGAACCGCCAGACCAUCAUCAACGACUACAUCACCUCACAGCAGAUGCACCACAACGCCGCGUCCGCCAUGGCCCAGCGGGCCGACGCGCUGCGUGGGCUGUCACCCCGCGAGUCCUCGCUGGCCCUCAACUACGCCACGGGUCCGCGAGGCAUCAUCGACCUGUCCCAAGUGCCACACCUGCCCGUGCUGGUGCCACCCGCAGGCACCCCCACCGCCACCAUCGACCGCCUCGCCUACCUCCCCACAGCACCGCAGCCCUUCAGCAGCCGCCACAGCAGCUCCCCGCUCUCCCCGGGAGGCCCCACCCACCUGAGCAAGUCCACGGCCUCGGCGGAGCGGGAGCGGGAGAAGUCCAUCCUCACGUCCAGCACAACGGUGGAGCACGCACCCAUCUGGAGGCCCGGUACUGAGCAGAGCGGCGGCAGCGGCCGGCCCGCCACCCAUGCCCACCAGCACUCACCCAUCUCCCCACGGACCCAGGACGCCCUGCAGCAGAGGCCCAGCGUGCUGCACAACACCAGCAUGAAGGGCAUCAUCGCGUCCGUGGAGCCCAGCACGCCCACGGUCCUGAGGUGGGCCAGGUCCACCUCCACCUCCUCGCCUGUGCGCCCGGCCGCCACCUUCCCCCCUGCUACCCACUGCCCUCUGGGGAGCGCCCUGGACGGGGUCUACCCCACCCUCAUGGAGCCCGUCUUGAUAUCCAAGGAUGCCCCUCGGGUGGCGCGGCCGGAGCGGCCACGUGCAGACACUGGCCACGCCUUCCUCCCCAAGCCCCCCGCCCGGGAGCCCGCCGCCUCCCCCAAGAGCUCCGAGCCCCGGCCCCUAGCCAUCACCCGCACCCCAGCGAAGAGCCUUGCAGCCCACCACGCCAGCCCGGACCCUCCAGCGCCCGCCUCGGCCGCAGAGACCCACCGGGAAAAGAUUCAAAGUAAACCCUUUUCCAUCCAGGAACUGGAGCUCCGUUCUCUGGGUAAGACCACCCUGACAGCGGCCACCUUCAUAGACGCUAUAAUCACGCGUCAAAUUGCCCACGAUAAGGGGCCGCGCGACGGAGGUUCGCUGGCUGAGGACCCCCCUCUGGAUGGUUACCACGGUGGCAGCUACAGCCCCGACGGAGUGGAGCCGGCCAGCCCCGUGAGCUCCCCAAGCCUGACCCACGACAAGGGGGUGCCCCGACACCCAGAGGAGCUUGACAGGGGCCACUUGGAGGGGGAGCUGCGGCACAGGCAGCCAGUUCCUGGGAAGCUCAGCGGGGAGGCCCUCCACCUGCCCCACCUGCGGCCACUGCCCGAGAGCCACGCAUCCUCCAGCCCGCUGCUCCAGGCCACCCCAGGGGUCAAAGGUCACCAGCGGGUGGUCACCCUGGCCCAGCACAUCAGUGAGGUGAUCACACAGGACUACACUCGUCAUCACCCCCAGCAGCUCGGCACCCCUCUCCCUGCCCCCCUCUACUCCUUCCCCGGAGCCAGCUGCCCCGUGCUGGACCUUCGCCGCCCGCCCAGCGACCUCUACCUCCCACCCCCUGAGCACAGCACCCCAGCCCGCGGCUCCCCACACAGUGAGGGGGGUAAGAGGUCUCCAGAGCCAAGCAAGACGUUGGUCCUCGGUGGUGGCGAGGAUGGCAUCGAGCCUGUGUCCCCGCCAGAGGGCGUGGCUGAGUCAGGGCACCCCCGGAGCGCCAUUUACCCACUGCUGUACCGGGACGGGGAGCAGGGGGAGCCCAGCAGGACGGGCACCAGCCAGCCGCCCGCCUUCUUCAGCAAGCUGACCGAGAGCAACUCAGCCAUGGUCAAGUCCAAGAAGCAAGAGAUCAACAAGAAGCUGCACACCCACAACCGGAACGAGCCGGAGUACAAUAUUGGCCAGCCUGGGACAGAGAUCUUCAACAUGCCUGCCAUCACCGGAGCAGGCCUUAUGACCUGUAGAAGCCAGGCGGUGCAGGAGCAUGCGGGCACCAGCAUGGGGCUGGAGGCCAUUAUUAGAAAGGCGCUCAUGGGUAAAUACGAGCAGUGGGAGGAGCCUCCGCCGCUGGGCACCGGUGCUUUUAACCCUCUCAAUGCCAGUGCCAGCCUGCCCGCUGCCGCUCUGCCUGUAACCGCUGCUGACGGACGGAGCGACCCCACGCUCACCUCGCCAGGUGGUGGCGGGAAGGUCAAAGCCCCUGGCAGACCCGGCAGCCGCAAGGCUAAGUCCCCGGCCCCCGGCGCGGCAUCGGGAGAGCGGCCGCCCUCCGUCUCCUCCGUGCACUCCGAGGGCGACUGCAACCGCCGCACGCCGCUCACCACGCGCGUGUGGGAGGACCGGCCCUCGUCCACAGGUUCCACGCCCUUCCCCUACAACCCCCUGACCGUGCGGCUGCAGGCCGGAGUCAUGGGCUCCCCGCCCCCACCGGGCCUCCCCGCCGGCCCCCAGCGCGCCUGGGACGGGGAGCCCCGGCCUCUGCUGUGCUCUCAGUACGAGACGCUGUCCGACAGCGAGUGACUUCCAGUGACUUCCGUGCAGCGCAAGUGGCGUGGGGCCGGCGCGUGCCUUGGAGCAGCCCGGAGCCGGCCUGCGCAUCCGUCCACCGCCCGCCAUCCGUCCACCGCGGCUCCUGCCUGUCUUAAGCCUUAACCAAGCCCCGCCCCGGGCUGGCCCUGCGCAGUGACCUUACUCAGGAGACGUUUGCCUGGUGCUCGGGACGGGAGGGAGGGGAGGCGGGGAGGCGGCAGGCCAGGGACCCAAGCCAGGACGACCACGCACCUCCAUGCCACCGCCCGCCCUCCCCUCGAUCUGGAACCAAAGUCUAUACCGAGCUAGCGGCCCUGCCCCCUCGCGCUGCCCCACCCGCUUCCCGCUGGACCGGCGACACAGGCCCUGUCCCCCAGUGCUCUUGUCCACAGACCCCACAGGCGGCCCAGGCCGACCAGGCCCGAGUGCAGCAGGCUGGGUGCAGCCCGGGCCCGCAGGAGCCGAGGAGCUGUGCGGUGCGGCACGGGAGGGAGGCGGUGUAAACGACACAUUGGUUUACAGGGUGUAUUUUUGAUACCUUCAGUGAAUGAGUUCAGAUGUUUUCCACGAGGAAGGAUUUCCCCAGUAUCACUGCUGUGCUUUCCCACCUCUGCUUGCCCUCCGGAGGCGGCCCCACGGCCCCGGGCGGAGGCCAGGGACCCCACGUCCUCCCUCCUUCCCUGGGUGGGAUGAAUUCAUGCGUGAUCUGUGGCCGCCAUCGGCAGCGUGGUGGGGUCUUGUCAUUCACACACAUUGUUCUGAUUAAAAACGGAAUCAUACUC